CUCCGUGACGCGGCGGCGGAAGGACCCAGAGACCAGGAGGCGGCGGCGCGGGAGGUUGGAGUGGUGCGUCCCCUCCCCUCCAGCAGCGCCCCGGGUGCGGGCGCUGCCCCUCGCGGGAAGCGGCCUGUCCCGCGUGGCGGUCCCGCCCGACGCCUGACCCCGCGGGUGCCCGCAACGCGGCUCGGGCGAGGCGCCGCCCGCGCCGCCGGGGCCUGUUGGCGCGGGGAUGCCGGGGCGAUCUCCAGCCCCGGGGAGCGGCUGCGGAGCCCCCGGGCUCCUGCCUUGGGGCGCUCUGCCGUGGGAUGCGCCCGCGCGUCUCGAGCUUCCCUGGAGGGCGCCGGGCUGGACAGCCCCCGGGGAGCGGAGCGGAGUCGUGUCGUGCAGCCCCGGCCUCGCCUGCUCUUUGCUCCGUUACCCUGGGAAGGAAACUCCAGAAGAUCAUUGGAGAAAACCGAGCCGCGCCGAGAGCACGGUCCUCCCCGCAGCGCAGCGCACGCGAGGACAGCCGGGGUGGGCGGCUGCCGGCCCCUCGUUUUUCAGGUUUCUGAAAGUUCUGGCUGUUGAAGAAGCAGGAUGACCCAGAAGGAGAAACAGUUGCAUAUUUAUGAUACAGACUAUCCUGAUGUGGUUGUAGCUGUAAGAAAAGUAACUCUGGGUGAGAAGAGGAAAAAAAUGGCAGGUGAUCAUAUAAGAACACAAAACAGUGUCCUUAUCCCAGCAACGUGUGCACUAUUAAAUUCUGGAGGUGGUGCGAUAACACUAGAGAUUGAAAAUGAGGAUUACAACUACAAAAAUUAUGGCAUUGGACUGGAUAUAGACACCUUCUUUAGGAACUGUUAUUAAAUCUACAGAUUUGACAAGAUAUUUUAACUAUAUGCAGCAAAACAGCAAAUUUCUGAUUUUUAUUAAAUCUUGGAGCAGUGAGAAGUUGUCAUCUGCCCCAGCUCUCUUGAAGCCACAUAUUUGUUCCCUAAAUUCUGGAUUGUGUCAAAAAUCUCUCACCUCUGUUGUUAGCCUGAAACCAGAUGAAGCAUUUGAAUUUCUUGAGGAGAGGAAAGCUAAUUCUAGGCAAAGAUAUGAAGAAGAGACAGGUUGAACAGCCAAGAGAGCCCGAUAGAGCAACACUCAAGCAACACUGGAACCUAAUGUGCAGGAGAAAAAUGACAUACUUGAAGCUACUGCUAAAUGUUUUGAAAGAGAUGAACUGCUGCCAUUCACUGAGUCUACACAUAUUGAACUUAAAGGCUUUGCAACAAAGAAUGUCUUGAAAUAUGUUAAAAGCACUCUUCCAAAUUAUGUAUCUGCAUUUGCAAACACAUAAGGCUAUUUAAUUAUUGGAGUGGAUGAUAAGAGGACAGUGUGGUUGGAUGUCAAGAGGAUGUGAAUGUUGACAGGUUACGAAUGGAAGUAAUUCAUGGUAUCGGAAAUUUGCCUAUCUAUCAUUUCUGCAAAGCAGGGGGAAAAGCGAAAUAUGAAAUCAAAAUCUUGGACAUAUAUGAUGCAUCUAGAAAAAAAUAUGGUUAUGUUUGUGCUGUGAAAAUUGAGCUGUUUUGUUGUGUUGUGUUUUCAUGCAACCCUGAUUCAUGGAUUGUGAAGGCCCGGCUUGCCAAGAGACUGAGAGUCACGGAAUGGACAGACAUGAUGGUGGCUGCUGACCCAGGUCUUAUGAAAGAAGAAAAGUCUCAUAGCUAAUUCUUCCUGAUCUUUGGCUUCCGUGCUUCUAGGGUGGUGAUCCACCUUUCAGAUGUCUGUUGUUGAAAUGAUAAUAUAAAGGGCUCUUGAAAAACUCUGCCUUUAUCCUGCCAAGGACACGUGCAGGACUUUACAUGUAUGGAGCACUGACAAACAUUGUGGAUCUUUCCAAAUUGGCUGCAAACUUCAUGACUCAGCUAAGUGUGUCAGGUGCAUCUCCGCUGGCCAAACCAAUCUAUUUAAAGCAAGGCCUCAGCUGUUUGGAAGAUCUGCAAAAGCGUCUUUUUGCAGUGAAUUCUAGAGGGAUAACAUACAGUCCAGAAAAACUCAGCCAAGAACUGUUCUCAGAAUAUCAGGACGUGGAGGAUUUAAUAAAAAAAAGAGCAAAGGAAAGCUCUGGAGACUUCCCAGAGACUACUGAUAUUUUCCAGAAGCUGAGCUGUUGAUGUUGGAUUGUCAGAGAACCAGCAUGUUGUCCACAAUGCCCUCUUAAUAGCCACAGGCAAACACCUUACGUUGUACACAGUCACUGAGAAGAGCCAUCCCACAGCCAUGCCUGAUUAUGCAAGAAACUCUGCUCAAACAUUAAAGCAAACACUGAUGCUCCGGCGGGAGAAGCUGCCCCCCGUACGCCUGCGCUCCAGCAACCUGGGUGAGACCUGGGCACGUGCCCGCCAUGGGAGCAAGAAGGGCUGGGCAGCACGAGAGUCCACAGGGCUGUGUGGCUUCCUCUCCCAGCAGGGUUUGGCUGGCAGGCUAAGGCCACGCUGUCCAAGGUGCAAUCUGGACAGCCCCUGACCUGUGCCACCCCUCCCCCGCAGCUGUCACCCCCUGCUCUUCACCAGCAAUUUCCCUGGGGAAGGGGAACGGGACUGGCCCCCAUGGGCUCCUCAUGCUGGGCCAGGUCCUGGCCCUGCAGCCCCUGCCCAUGCCCCAGCCCUGGGAGCCUUCCUCCUGGCAAUGGCCCUGCUGCCCUCUGCUCCCUUGCAACAUGGCGCUCAUACGGGCUCUGGGAUCCCCAUCCUAAAAGUGGUGCUCAGUGCCACCCAGCCUGAUGCUCAGCCCUCAUGUCCUCCCAGAUGCCAGCCUGGGCACAGACAGGUAGGCCAAAAGAAAACUGCCCCCCAUUAAGGGGUCCCCAUCUGUCCCCUCCAUUGGAGAAGUGCACGAGAGGAGGGACCCUGCACCCGGUGAGUUUGGGACUGGCGUGAGCACUGGAGGGACUUGCAUGGUUGCAUGCGGAGGGGGCAAGGUCCUGCUCCCCGGACGGACGCCCACCCGAGCCCCGUGGAGGAAGGCCCUGCCCAUGUGGCACGCAGGACUCCUGGCAGGUGCCCCCACAUGUUGUGGCCCAGAGGGGCUGGUCGCCCUGCGCCCUGCAGCAGCAUGGGCCCAGCUGACAGGCCGCCCCUUGACUCCCCGCAGGGCCAGGAACAGUGUGGGUGGCAAGCGAGGUGAGGGGCCAGACAUGGUUGCAACCCCCCGCUGCCGGGAGUCUUUCCCCUGCCCAGGGAUUGGAACAGGCAGCUCUGAGGGUGGAGGUCUCUCCCCAGGUGCCCCGUGCCCCUCCCAGCCCCAUGCAGCACAUGGGACCCUGGGGGACAGUCUCUGUCUCCCACCAACUCCAGGGGCCCUCCAAGACUAAGGGAGGGUCGUGGACUCAUCCCCCGAUUGCAGGGACAGUCCUUCCCGAAUCCGAAUGUCUGGGGGGACCUGGAGCUGGGAUGUGGGGACUCACCUGGGAUAGGGGGUAACAACCAACCCCUGGGAUCCCCGGGCCCAGCUCUACAAGCCCUGCCUGGCCCCAGGGCUCGGGGGCCCACCAACCCUGCAUCACGGGGAGAUGGGACCUUGCUGCCCAAUGGAGCCCAUCGCCCCAGACGCUCUUUCUUUCUCCAGGAGGACAAACCCCGCGGCGGGCACUGCCAGCACCAGGUGAACGGGUCCCAGUGGGGCUGGGGGCUGUGAGGAGACCAAGUGCGCUGGCUGAUGGCUGAACGGAGGUUAUCCGCAUCCCUCUUGAAUUGCGGCACCCAGAAUUGCACGCAGUACUCCAACUGCGGUCUGACCAGUGCCCGAUACAGGGGAAGUAUCACCUCCUUGGACCUAUUUGUCAUGCAGGACGCAGCAGUCCUCCUGUCCCGACUCAAGUGGAGGACCUGCAACAGGAGAAUCGCGCCCUGGUGGUGCCCCUCCAGGCACAGAGGGAGCAGGGCCAGGCUCUGGAGGACAGCCCCACAGAGCCUCCUGUGGAGGGGGUCGCGGAGGAGUGCCCACCCGUUACCGUGGAGGCCAGCACCCAGGCAGAGGGCCCCCGCCACGAGCACGCCGGUACCAGACCAGGGCCCUCUGCCCGGCCGAUGUGGGCUGCCAGGGGGAACCCCUGGCAAGGACAGCAGCGAGCACACAAACAGAGGCUGGCCACUGUCCAAAAGGAGUGGGGCACAGGGAGAGGCGGAAACGCCCCUCCCAGGCGGUUGAGGCCAGGACACAGACCAGUGCUUCCCCCACUGUGGAAGCCAGCACCCAGGCAGAGGGCCCCCAAAAUCAGGACGCCUCCGCACAGACAAGGGCCCUCUGCCUGGUAGACGUGGGCUGUGACCCCCUGCCCCUGUGCACCAAAGCCUUGUAGGGUCCAAAGACGACAAAACAGGGGGAAAGGUAUGAUGAUGUUCCUAGUUUUUUUGGGUUUUUUCUAAAGAAAUGUUUCAUGCUCCAAGCCAAAUCAGCCAGCUCCGUGAGUCAGUCCAGAGCCAUAAGUGUCCCUACAGGCGGCAAACAUGAUGCUUUCGCUAGCGCUAGGUUGUGAGCGUGGUAUCAGUGAGGGGAGCUGAAGGAGGGCUGGAGCCAGGAGCCUGUUCCUGGUCCUGGGAAGGGUCUCGCAGGUUGGGAGAAGGACGGGGUGGGGGCAGAAGCCCAGGAAGGGAAGAGGUGAGUGAAGGGGUAUGACUAGUGUGUCUUCAGUAAGUGCCUUGCCCACAACUCCCUCCAGCUCCCUGAAUGUCUAGGGGCAGGGCUGGGACAGUGGCGCUGCAGGCCUGGGCUCUCUGUGCUGGGAGCCGUCCCUGUUGUGUAUGUCCAGACAGCAGCCAGGAACCAGACCUAGGCGCAGGCAGCACAGCAGGAGGAAGGGAGGUGGGUCUGGCAGGACACCCAGGGCCGGUCCCUGGUACAAAGGCAGUGAUGGAGAGAGGGGAGGCCUGGGCAUGUGUUGGUGGCAGUGGCCGGAGCCUGGGGGCUUGAGGUGAAUGGGAGGUGACCAGUGUCUCUGCCUCCCACCUGCCGGGCUGACACUGUGGCAAAGGGGAGGAGGAGAAGGUCGGGGGCAGAAAGGAGGUGAGUUUCCCCCCUGCACCCCAACCAGACCCAGGCCUGAGGGGCUGCCCCUCCACCAGCCCACGUGAUGAUGCCCCCUGCCUCCAGGCCGCUCAGGAUGGUGCCCUGCACUCCUCCCCUCCCCAUCGACCCCCGUCGUCCCCUCCCUCCGUCCUCCCCGAUCUGCCGAGAUGGGUCCACGGGAUGACAACGUCGGUGCCUCUGCCUGUCUGAGCAUGCCCCAGCCCGACUCACCUCGGCACUGCCACUAAAGUGGCCCGGCGACAUUCAAGCAUCCAGUGUCACGGCGAACAGUGGAGCUUCGCCCAUUGGCCAAGGGCUUCGCUGCAACGGGUGAAAAGUGGGCUUGCAGAUGGAGGCACCCCCGGGAGCUUCUACUGGGACACUGUCAACUUGUUAGAUGCUCUCCUCCCAGCCAGGAGGGAUCUGGUGGUUUUCCCCAAGGCCAGCAUGCCCAGGGAAGCAGUUCACACCCAUCUUGCUUCUGCAGCAUCGUUGCUUUACUUGGCUGCCCAGUAUGAGCCAUUUAACUUCCAUUACCUGUUGAGCUGUGAAGUUGAACAUAAAAGGCAAAAGCAGAAUGUUUGGGGUCUCAAGUCUCACCAGACACCUAAGAGAGAAGAAAAGACAAGAUCGUCAUGCCGACGUGUCACCAGGGGUAAUGACAAGACCCAGGUCAGUCUGAACCUUACUGCCGGCUAAACUUUUCUGUCUGGUAAAGGAUCCUAUUUUGUGCCUGGUAACGCACGUUUUAUUCAGGGAGAAACUGUUUGAAGCACCUUCAUCCAACAGCACAUGGGGCUUGUAGUUAAUUAGCUAAGGCGGUGUGGGGGAGGAGGUCUGGCUGACUGAAUGAAUGCGCGUGUGUGUGUGUAUUUAGAAAUAUGAGCCACUGACCAGGUCUGAGACUACGGUUGGGUUCAGCCGCCCCAAUUCUGCCUGACAGGGCAGUUUGGGAAGCAAGGGGGCCCAACUGGAACCUCGUGACCCAGUGGACAGGGCUUCCCAGUGAUUUGGUCUUUUUCUAUCUGGCUAUUGAAUGAAUGUGUGUGUGUGUAUUUAGAAAAAAUGAGCCACUGACCAGGUCUGGGACUAAGGCUGGGUCUAGCCGCCCCGAUUCUGCCUAAAAAGGUAGCGUCGAAAGCAAGGGGCCCAGCUGGAACCUCGUGACCCAGUGGACAGGGCGUCUGAGCGAUUUUGUCUUUUCCAAACGCCUUGUCCCAGUAGCUUCUGCCGAGAGCAGGAGUGAAAGGAUCCCUCUUGUGUUUCCCCCCCCAUUUCCAUUUUAUGAGCCGGUGUCAGGUCAGAAGCCUUUUGUAUGGGCGGUGAAAAACUGUGGGGCAAGGCACUGAGCGGCCCGGACAUCCUAAAUAAGCCUCUCCUACGUCUCCCUGUGUGACUGAAAAUGGGAACAAGUCAGUCUAAACAAGUUCCCGUCCCCCCUAAGGGGACUCCAGCGUACUUCAUGCACACACACUAUUCUCCCGAGGCUUGCAAGUACCUGGAUAAGUGGAACUGGUAUACUAGGGAUGAUCCCGUGAAGCAUUUUCCACAGGAAGGAACAUUUGAUCAAGAUAAAAUAGUGCACUUAAGAGAGGCUUUAGAGUCCCAUGGAUCCAAAACACCACAAAACCAGUGGGACACAUUCUUUUAUUGGUAUGAUGAAAUGUCCAAAAGACAGACAGAAUCUCAAACUAGAAGUCUAAAAGACUCUCAAGACAAAUUAAAACAGCAGUUAAAAGCUGUUCAGGAGAAAUUGGCUGCUCCCCCAAAUUACACGCCAGCCACCGCUCCGAUGUAUCCAGCAUUGCCCGGGGCGCCCCCACCGCUGGAGCCAGCAGAGGAUAUCCUUGACCUUUGUUCGAACCCUGCUCUCCUGGGACUCCCACAUCAGCAACAACCGGUUCAACAUCAGGCUGCAGCCCAGGUCCAAGAAGCCUUACCUCAGGGAUGCUCCCUGUCACAACCUCAAAGCAGGAGAUUGGGUCUACGUAAAGGUCUAUCAACAGAAAAACGCACUUCAACCCAGAUGGAAGGGACCUUUCCAGGCACUUCUGACCACUAAUUCUGCUCUUCGUUGCCAAGGUCACCAAACGUGGACUCACGCCUCGCACUGCAAGAAGCUAUCACCUCCAUUGGACCCCGAAGCAGCUGAAUUCCAACCAAGGUUGGGAUCUUUCCCUGAGGCCAAGGACAAAGACCCUCAGGACCUCACUCAGGCAAGUGAGGAGCAUCAGGGUGCAAGUGCUAGUAACCUCUCCCCUGAACCCAGCACCUCAGCCCAGCCGGAUUCAUCAGUUGAAGAACAAAGAUAUCAUCUCCGGCCUCGAAGAAAGGAAAUGCUCCCACUCGGAAGAUCAACACCUCAAUCAAGACCAAGAGCCAACAUUCUCAGUUCUUUAGGUAACCUGAGCCCAGAGGAUGAAGAAAGACUUUGGCUGCCAUCCUGGGUUUGGCUGGUAGUGUUCUUUUACUUACUGGUGCUGGUUAUGUUUGUUGUUGAAAUUCUUUGUCCCUCCUGUCUCUAAAAAUGGCACUGAUAUCCUGAUACAUCACACCUGGGUCUCUCAGUAUCACCCAAGUGGGGUGGGAGAAAAGAUUGUACUUGCAGAUCUCCCUUACGGUGGCUCAAGCUGGAAAUAAAAGUGACUGCUGGAUAUGCUCUCACAGCCCAGUGCUCCUACACCAAGGAAUCCCAAUGAUAGGAGUGCCAAUAUCCCUCCAGCAAUGGGGAAAAAUAAACGGCGGCUUCCUUAGACACUACUCGUUAGCUGUAGCCCUAAUAGCACCAGUGGAAUCCUGUUGGGUAAAGUACCCUCUGUCAAUUGUACAGGAUUCAUGGUCUACAACUUUUCCAAGGAACCUCAUGUUGCUCUCAUUGCAAACAGGUUGGAAUUUGACGUUCACUCCAAUUUUACUUCUUGUAAUAUAUCUCGGUGCAGCAGGAUAGCAGCCGAAUGUGGUCCGUCCUAUACGAUGCAUAUCAAUCGAAAGUGCCGGAUAUGGCACAACACCUGUCCAGAUUUGAGUACCCUUUCUGCCCCGGGCCUUUACUGGCUCUGCGGAAACAGGGCUCAUAAAAUCUUGCCCUGGAAUUGGGUGGGGGCAUGCACUCUUGGAUGUGUUAUCUCUGGUUUCGAAAUGCAUAGUGCAAUAUAUCUGGAACAAGUAAAAAAUUUCAACCAUCACAUGAAAAGGGUGGUUAACCACUUGGCUACCAGAAACACAGACUUCCAUCAAUUUGUGAAAACCUUCAUACCGUGGCUUGGAGUAAGAGAAUUGGAACUAGCCAUAAUUAACAUUUCAGCCACAAUGGAAAAUGCCACUGCAGAUGCAAUUCAGGCUCUGCAAGAAGAGAUCUCCCAGAUCUCACAAGUAACUAUACAACACUGCAUAGCCCUAGAUUACCUAUUAGUAUCCCAGGGAGGAGUAUGUGCCUUAUUAAACUCCACCUGUUGUGUCUAUGUCAAUCAGGACAUGCGAAUAGAAACCGACAUUCAUAAAAUUCGAAAUCAGUUAAGGGUCCUACAUCAAGUGGCCUCAAAAAAUACUGACUGGGGUCUAGAAGAAAUGUGGUCUUGGCUAACCUCCUGGCUCCCAGAUUUCAGGGCCCUUGGCAAGAAAAUCCUGUAUGGAAUAUUGUUUGUCUUGAUAGUUCUGACAGUGUUUUAUGUCUUAGUGCAACUGAUCCUCUGCUGCGUGAAAGCCAGCAGGAGAAGCUUUAGCAAGGCAAGAAAACCCACAGCAGAGUCUAGAAUAAUGGUGUUACAAAAGUGUGAGCAGAUUGAAAGAAAACAUGAAAGGCUGCAUGAUGAAAUAGAGGGGCUCAUGAGAAUGCAAGUUUAAGGCUAAAGUGAGACUAAAUAGUCUCAAAGUGGGGACUGGAAUCAGAAAAAAAUAAAUGCCUUAAACUUUGAUCAUUUGAGUUAUAAGAUGACAUAACCGCUUUGUGGAGAAUUGCUGGCUCUCUACAGUGGAAUAGAUAAGGGAAAGUGUUUUUCUUUGUAACUCCUCUGCAACUGCUUCCCUCACCGUGGCCUUGAAGAUAGCAAAAAGUAUGUACAACUCUGAUUUCCAGGUGAAAGAAGGAGGUGUGUCAACUAAUCUCGCCUCCCCCAUAAUUUCCCAUCCUGAUUACAGCAAAGAAGUAAUGAAGUAAUAUUUAUAGCUGCUUUUCAUGCUAAUUUCACUAUAUGAUCACGUGACUUGUAAGCGACUGGUAAAAAGUAUAUAAGCCUCCUGAUUUUGCUCUUGGGGGGGAACCCCUUCCAAGUGCUUGGGAAAUCCAUGUCACUUUGGAAUCCCCCCUACAGCUGUAGUUUCUUUUGAAUAAAAGCUCCUGCUGACCUGACCCAAAA